CCAGUUGGGUUUGUUAAUUUACUUUGGUUGUGUGAAAGAGUGAGAGAGAAGAUGUUGGAAGGUAAAGCUGUGAUAAAAGAUACAGACAUGCCAUUGAAGAUGCAAACUCAAGCUAUGACUUCUGCAUCUCAAGCCCUUGAUCUUUAUGAAGUCUCUGACACUGUUUCUAUUGCUGCACACAUAAAAAAGGAUUUUGAAAAGAUGUAUGGGCAUGGAUGGCAAUGUGUGGUGGGCAGAAACUUCAGUUGUUUCUUCACCCAUUUCAAGGGAAGUUUCAUCUACUUUGCAUUAGAAUCUCUCAACUUCCUCAUCUUCAAAGGGGCUUCUUCUUCUUCUUCUUCUUCUUCUUCAUCAUCCUAG